AAUGCCACUACUACCUCCACACACACACACACACUUUAUAGUUUCAACUUAACUCUUACAACAUUUUGAUUAACCACAGAAGAAGCAGAGCUAAGCAGACGAAGAUGUCGUGGCAGACCUACGUCGACGACCACUUGAUGUGCGAUCUCGGGGACGACCAGCGCCUCACCGCCGCCGCAAUUAUCGGCCAAGACGGUAACGUCUGGGCUCAGAGCGCAACUUUCCCUCAGUUGAAGCCUGAGGAAAUCGAAGGCAUCAACAAAGACUUCACCGAACCUGGAACACUUGCACCGACGGGAUUGUUCAUCAAUGGCGCAAAGUACAUGGUAAUCCAGGGAGAGCCAAACGCUGUGAAUGUGAUUCGAGGAAAGAAGGGAGCUGGUGGUGUUACCAUCAAGAAGACCACCCAAGCCUUAGUCUUUGGUAUCUAUGAGGAUCCAGUGACUCCUGGACAGUGCAAUAUGGUUGUGGAGAGGCUCGGUGACUACCUCAUUGAAUCAGGGCUCUGAAAUCUAACCUGAUGUUGCUCAUAUUAUAUUCUAGUUAAACUGUGAGAGAAAAUCUAUUUAUAUAUGUUGAAUGUGAAGAAUCAUUUAAAAGUCAGGCUGCCUUUCACUACCUACCAUGUGAUGUUUUGUAUGUAUGAUUCUUAAACUAUUGUCUUCAUGUGUCGGAGUUGAAAUUUUUAAUGAAUGGUAGUAUGGUACCAUUACAUUAGCUCUACA